AUGCCCCCCUACUUCUUUCUCUUGACCACCUACAUAAGCUAUCUCCUCUUGAUCAUCUUUGGCCAUUGUCGCGAUUACUUUGGCAAACGUUUUGGCGAUAAAAAGCGCUACAAUGCCCUCAAAGUGCGAAACGGGCUUGCGCCUCUCACUGAUGAUUUCGACAGCUUCUACACCCGACGCUUGAAAGGCCGUCUGGAUGACUGCUUUGCUCGACCUACUUUUGGUGUUCCCGGCCGCUUCAUCACUCUCAAGGAACGUACGGCAGACAGGCUUAACCGCCACUAUCACUACACUGGUAACCACAUUGAGACGCUCAACGUGAGUUCGUACAACUAUCUCGGCUUUGCUCAAUCCGAGGGUCCCUGUGCCGACGCUGUCGAUGAAUGUGUCAAGAAGUACGGCGUUACCGCUGCAAGCCCCCGUGGUGACAGCGGCACUUCCGACUUGGCCCUUGAAGUCGAGCGCGAAGUUGCGGCCUUUGUUGGAAAGCCAGAUGCCAUGGUCUUCUCUAUGGGUUAUGUUACCAACUCCAGUACUUUCCCUGCUCUCGUGUCCAAAGGCUGCCUGAUCAUCUCUGACGAACUGAACCACGCCUCCAUCCGUGUCGGUGCUCGUCUCAGUGGCGCCGUCAUCCAGUCGUUCAAGCAUAACGAUAUGACCGCUCUGGAGCGUGUUCUUCGUGAAGCCAUCUCUCAGGGCCAGCCAAGGACUCACCGCCCCUGGAAGAAGAUUCUUGUCGUUGUCGAAGGUCUCUACUCUAUGGAAGGUACCAUGGUUAAUCUACCCGCAAUUGUGGCCCUCAAGCACAAGUACAAGUUCUACUUGUACGUUGACGAAGCCCACUCCAUCGGUGCCCUAGGACCCCGUGGCCGUGGUGUCUGUGAUUACUUUGGCAUUGACACCUCGGAGGUUGACAUCCUUAUGGGUACUCUGACCAAGUCGUUUGGCGCCAAUGGAGGCUACAUUGCGGCUGAGAAGCACAUCAUUGACAAGCUCCGUGCCACUAAUGUCUGCUCAAUCUACGGCGAAGCUCCUUCUCCUUUUGUCCUCAUGCAGAUUCUUACUUCGAUCAAGCUGAUUAACGGCGAGAUUUGCCCUGGAGAGGGCGAGGAGCGCCUCCAGCGAAUCGCCUUCAACUCCCGCUAUCUUCGUCUUGGACUCAAGCGUCUUGGCUUGAUCGUUGCUGGCUCUGAUGACUCUCCCAUUAUCCCCGUCCUCCUGUACAACCCCGGAAAGAUGCCUGCCUUCAGCCGCGAAAUGCUCAAGCGCAAAAUCUCCGUCGUCAUUGUUGGUUACCCGGCUACCCCGCUCAUCAGCUCGCGUGCCCGCUUCUGCAUCUCUGCCGCUCACAACAAGGAUGAUCUUGACCGAAUGAUCAGGGCCUGUGAUGAGGUUGGCGACAUGCUUCAGCUCAAGUUCUCAUCAGGCAUUGCCGGCGGCUUGGAGCCACUGCCUGCUGGUGUGGCACCAGAAAAUGAGGCUGAGUGGAGGAAGGCCAACAACGUCCCCAUCAAGCCUCCUCGAUGGGAUGUUGAGGAGGUCAUUCGACGAGGCGCCGCCGAUUGCAAGCUUCCUCUGCGAUAA